AGCCAUAGUAUUUGCCUUUGAGAACAUAUGCAUGCCAUCCUAUUCUGAUAUUCUUUGUGAAUUUUGUGAAGUGAUAGAUUACUGUAAAAUAUCUUUGGUGAACAUGGCAUCUUAUGAAUAUUGUGACUAACACUGCAAUAAAGUUUGUGUUAUAUAUGUAUGUGUGUACUGUGCAGCCUGUAAGUAUUUGGACAGUGAUGUAAUUUAUUUCGUUUUUGGCUCUGUCCUGCAGCACACUGAAAUGAAGGUUAAGUGCGACACUUCCCAAGAAGAAGUUCUGACACAGUUCUGACCAUUUAAGGGCUGAAUGCCACCCUCUCUUUCACAAGAUUCACACUUACACUAUCACACUUCAGUGGUACAUGUUCAAACACGCUUUCAUUAUGUGGGUCAAUGCAAAUUCUGCGCAUUUUUAGUGCCUUUCAAUGUUUAUUACACUGCAGAAGGAUCACCUCCCAUUUUGUAAAUAAUAUCUUUGACAGGAAGUAACAGGGGAAGUGAGAAGACUUUCUAUUUCUCAGAAGUUGCUGACUGUGAUGUGGCAUUAGUUCUGCUGGAGUUAGUGAGUUGGUUUCCCCUCUCUGUCUGAACUCACAGUAGACUGAGGCUGGCUUUCAUAAUCGCUGCCUCCUGCUUCAGACUGGCUGCAGGUGGAGCUGCGCUGGGCUUCUCUGAGACGCUCCGCAGCGGAGAAAGAGCCCCAUUCUCCCGCACGGAUCGGCCCGUCCCGGAAGCAUCUUUAUCACGCGUGAGCGGCUGAGCUCUGCUCGUGCGCUUACCCGUCGCCUCUCGCUGUGAAGAGCCCGUCUGGAGCAGGAUGAGUUCAGACGGCGUGCCGGGCAGGCCUGGGGUGCUGAGCUGGAGCGCCUGUCGCCUGGCUGACCUGAGGAGGAAUCAGAACGAGAGCAACUACAAAAGUCCGCUCCAACGCGAGGACGGAGACAGUGACGAGGACUACGUGUUCCCUACAGAGGACGAGCCUAGAGAACAAGAGGACGACGAAAACACCUACGAAGCCCCGCCCCCCGAGGCCUCCAACCCGCCCCGCUGGUGCUUUCCCGCCAAGCCUCUGGACGAUGGCGACUACAUAGAUGCUAUCCUUAGUCAUGGUGACUCAUCAGUGGGUUCAGAAGGCUUUACCCUGCCCCAGGGCCGCCGGCCCCGAGACGGACCCAAACACCUCCAUCCCUGCAGCAGCCACAGCGUGCAGUCCUCCUCUUGUGGAGAUGAGCAGCUCCAACAGAGGUCCCUCAGCACUUCUGCUAAACACCCCCACAGCCUUACUCCUCCCCGGGUGGACCGCAGUACGAAACCCUCCUGUCUGAAGAUCUCUUCCCCAGGAGGGGGCACUCUACUAAACUCCAGGAACCCGCCCUGUCGGCCAAAGCAUGCAGGACUGGGAGGACCCCACAGCAGCCUGCCCCCUGGUGUUGCAAAAGGCAAACAGCAAAGAGAUGUUCCUGCUCAGUUCAGGUCCAGUUCCAGGUCAGACAGAUGUUCCACAGCAGCGCCUCAACCCCCAGCACCACCAACAAUACAGCAGUCUGAGAGCGAGCAGGACCCAGACCCCAGGUGGUACAUCGGUCAGGUGACUCGCGAGCAGGCGGAGCAUUAUCUCAGACAGGUGGGACAGGACGGGACCUUCCUGAUCAGGGACAGCUCGCAGUGCUCCAGCUCACAGCCCUACACACUCAUGGUGCUGUACCAGGGCAAAGUCUACAACAUCCAGAUCCGUUACCAUAGCCACCAGCGCACCUACGCACUGGGCACCAGAGGCAACAAGAGCUACUUGGGGCUGAGUGAUCUCAUCCAGCACCACAGGAGGGCGCCACUCAUGCUGAUUGACGGAAAGGAGCAGGGAUCUGCGCUCCAGAAGGAGUGUCUGCUCACACACCCCGCCAACGCCUGACCCCGCCCUCACACACAUUCCUACCUGGAAAUUGAACCUGUGACCUUUAGGUUACAAGACCAGCUCCGCACCCAUUAUACUACAAGGCCACCCAGUUUCUGUAUUUAUAUACUGCCCCCCAUGGACUCACACAUCAAUUGACAAAUGACCUCAACCAUUCCAAGGAACGCUGAUGUGCCCCUUUCGCAAAAUGUUAUCUAGGAUGAGAGUAUCUGAUCCUGUCUGGUUUGAGGUGUCUGGAUUCUUUGCUUUGCCUCGUUUGUGUUGUGAGCUUCUAUUUCAUGUGCAGUGUAUGACUUUACUGAGUGAAAAAUAAAGUUUUUUUAAACUCACCA